AGAGUUACAGUAACACUCAAUAUUUGACAGACAAUCUAGCUGGGAGGGGUGUACGUGUCAAACUUUAUGUCAAGAAAGCAAUGCAUAGAUUUCUACUCAAGGGUUAAAUGCUAUCUGUCUAACAAGAUUAACUAGUAGGGCCACAGUGGUAGUAAGUGAUGCUUGUAUGACUUGGGGGAAGGGAUUUGGGGGGGGAUGAACGUGGAUAUGAGAGCAAACGCAUGGUGCAGCGUGCGCUGUCUGGUUUGUAAUUUGUAGACAGUUGUAAGGAGGUAUGUGUAUAAUAAGUAGAAACUUUGCAGCAGAAACAACAGCAUGUGAUCUUGUCUGGAUCUGCUGGUCAUCUAUACCAGAGCUUGUUCACUGAACUAAAGUCGUCUCACUGGAAUAUUUUCUUUGUGCAUAAUAUGUAAGCACAAAAGACUGUGGGUAUGAUGUAACUGUGCAAGUAUGUGAGCACCUUCCUGAAGCUGUAAGAGUGAUGGAUGAUUACAUGGAAGUUCUCAAUAAUGUUAAGAAUGCAUGUUCGUAUACACAUACAAAAUGUGUUUGAUAACGUGACAGCAGAUAUGUAAGAAGUGAUGGUUUGUUUCUUUGCAAAGUUUCACAGGCUCUCUGCCCAGCGAGACAGCUCUUCUUCAUGGACAGCGCCCUUCCUGCGCGGCGGCUCCCCUGGUGAGCGAGGAUGGCCUCGGCGGACAGCGAGGUGAAAACCCUCCUCCACUUCGUCAACUUGGCCUCCAGCGACAUCAAGGCCGCCCUGGACAAGUCGGCGCCCUGCCGCCGCUCCGUGGACCACCGAAAGUACCUGCAGAAGCAGCUCAAGCGCUUCUCGCAGAAAUACGCCCGCCUGCCCCGAGGCCACCUCCCGCAGCAGCCGUCGCACGGCAGGGAACGGCGGGCGGCCGAGGAGUCAGCGCCAGGCCUGGGCGUCCACAGCGCAGAGGGCCCUGCGGGCCAGAGCGGCGCCGCCGAGAACAAGGCCGCGGAGCCCGAGCGGCGGCAGGGCGCCUCUGAGGCGGCCACCGCCAGGCCCGACCAGGUACCCAUGAGGAAAAGGCAGCUGCCCGCCUCCUUCUGGGAAGAGCCCCGGCCGGCUCCGGGCCCGCUCGCGGCGGCCUUUCCGACGGGCGCCGCCUCCUCAAAGGACCGGCCCCUUUUUGAGGGAAAGAAAAGCAAAGAAGCGCUCGACGGCGGCCGGGCCGCGGCCCCUGACAGCCCCUCGAGUAGGCCUGACGGGGAGGCCGUGGCGGUGCUGAGCGCCUGGAGCUGCUGUCCUUUGCAGUACCAUGGACCGCAAGCCUCCCCCGGCGUCUACCCUCCGGCCCUCACAGCCGCCCUCCCGCCUGCAGCCCCUUUCCCGGCCUUGGGGCUGUGGAGGAAAAGCGCGGCCUCCUGCACAGAAGGGGUGGCUUUCUGCAAGCCGGGCAGCCAGAAGGUGCACCGGCCGGUGGUGUGGAAACCCAUCCCCACCAAGCCCCCCGCCCCGCUGCCGCCCAUCUUCAGUGUCUUCGGGUAUAUUUAGGGGGGGAUCGUGGCCAUUGUCCUGCUGGGAUCUGCCUCCUUAUAGGACUUGUGAUGGCUCUUCUUCGAGGCGCACGGAAAAGAGAGCCCUGGAAUCCAGACCCCUCCAUAAGGAGCAUUCAAGACUCUGGCCCUGGAAUAAAGAGAUCUGCUGGACAGGUUGGCAGCAGAAGCAGACCAAGGAAGCAACAACGAAUAAUGCUUCUUUUGGCUUGCACAGCGUUGGAAAGAAAGUGUAAGAGACGUCAACAAGAAUCCAGUUCUUUCUGGGAUGUAAAUAUUAAAGGUUAAAAGCAACAAAAUAAA